GUUGGUCUGGCGAGAAGAGGAAAUCCAAAUAAAUUGCUGCUCCUCCGCCCUCCUUUUGUUCGUCUCGUCUUCCUCCGCGGAUCCCUCCUCCUCCGGUCCUUCCACCUGCUCUUCUCUUCUCUCAGUUCUCUGAUUGCGUUGCCUCGCACAGUUUCUUCCAUUUUUCUGCUCACACCCUCCCUUUAAUAAUUCAAAGGGAAGUUGCGUUAGGUGGGCGCGUGCGUGCUCCAGCCUCGGGAGGAGGGACAUUGCUGCAAGGGAGGGAUCCUCCGCAUCCACCCACCCAGAACCGAGUCCCAAUCCAACCUCCCCUAAUCCGCCAUUGCAGCACUCUCCUUCCCCAAUCGCCAAACCCCCGCCGCCGACAAGGAGCAACCCACAGCCAAAAGGCGCCGCCUUUCUUGAAUCCGUUUCCUGCCGGCCUUCCAUUUGCUGCGCCGGAUUGAUUGCUUCGUUGGCCGGCAAGGAACCCAGCCCCAGGCGAGAGAAGAUGUGCCCGCUGCGGGUCAUCCUCAUCUUCCUCUCCGCCACCAUCGCCGGAUUCUUCCUCAUCCGCGGGCUCAACGCCGAGCCUGACCAAUUCGACGCCGACGACGACAAGGCCUCCGACUCGGGAUCCCCCAGGGCCCCUCUGCCCCUCCAUUCCAAGGUUGGGUCAGCUGUGAAAACCGGGUUCUGGACUAUGGUGGACAUGGCAAGCGGACGGUACCUCUGGCGCACCCUUGUUUCACAACCGGAAAAAUCUGAGUCAGAAAAGGCUCGGUGACGAAUGUUCAUAAUUUAUUUUGUAUUUUGCUGAUUGAGUGCCAAAAGGAGGUGAAGAUUGGCACAAUUCUGUUGUUCUUACAUGUCCGUGUUGAUGUGUAGUAUGAUAGCAAAUGUAACACGGUUGGGGCUUAUAUGCUAAAGUAAAUGUGCAGAAUGGUUCAUGUUUGAGCAUUUUGUUGUGGAAUACUGUAAGUGUGUGCAAUGCUGGGAGUAUGGACUUUGGGCAUGGCAUUUGGGCUGAAGUUUGCAUGAUUUUGUCUUUUCACCAAAUCCAUGCUUAAAUGUGGGACAAGCAUGUGCUAAAUGUGAGUACCUGAAAUCUGGAAAUUUCAGAAAGGACAUUAUUGGAUUGCAUGUCUGCAACUUUCUUUUUCUUGAAGUGAUGUUCUGUUGGAGCUGUGUCUAA